UUCUGAAAUGUCCAAGUUUGCAAUUUUUCUGUUCUCUAUUUUAAUUUUUUUGGAGAUAAUAGAAUGUGCGAAUGAUAAAGGAAAAGGUAUCGCUGGGGAAGAAUCUUCCGGACAAGAAGGAGGAGCAAGUAGUCACCGUCGUAGAGGAGGAAGUCGAAGAAGUCAAGCACAUAUACCAACCCGUGAAAGUGAACCAACCCAAAACUGGAAUGAGGAACACGAAGAGGGACCAACAGAGGGCCAUGCCCCAAAUCUUGACGAUGAAAUUCAAAAUCAACAUGAACUUCUUAUGCAAGAAAGGUUAAUGCAUAUACAACAGCAAACUGAGAUGAUAAAUCAGCUCCAAAAUGCAACUGAACAGUUAAAUCUUCCUCAAGAGCUUCGCAGAAAUCUACGUAUUAAACCAGAAAAGUUAAUGCAUGAUUUACAAAAGAAAAAUAAAAAAAUAGCUAAGCUCCAAAAUGAAAGGGAAAAGAUUUUAAAGAAAAAAGAAAAUGCUAUAUAUGAUCAAGGCAGAGAGGACUAUCUCGAUACAUUUGAAUUUUCAAACGAAAUGCGUAAGAUUGCAAAGGAAAACAAUAAAGAUUUGAAGAAAUUUUCGAAGGAGAAGAUGGCUGAAGUUCAAAAUUAUUUAUACGGUAAAUAA